CGCCGCUGGUCGCUCCCCGCCGGGGCCCGCCGCCGCCGGUGGCUCUACGAGGGCCCGCUGCUCCACAGGGCUAUACGCAGGUACAAAGCUUGCUGGCUUCCUCUUCUUGCCAAGUACACUGAGGCUUCUGUUGCAGAUGAGCCUUUGGUUGUUCCGCUCGAUUGUGAAUGGAUAUGGCACUGCCAUCGGCUUAAUCCGACUCAGUACAUAAAGGACUGCAAGAGAUUAUAUGGCAGAAUACUGGGCACUAACAAUGUCAAGUCCUCCAUUCAAGCAAAGUCCAAGGAUCAGGCUGAGAAAGUUUGGACUGAGUUAUAUCCUGGGGAGCCUUUUGAGUUGGAGUACACAAGUCCUUCUGACGAUUUUGUUGACGUGGGUGAUGGAACUGCAGGAGGCAUUUCCUAUGAUUUGAUCUCAGCUGUUAGGAGACAGUCUUCUUUCGUCUACCAGGUUGGAACACCAAACAUGCAUGAUCAUCGUUUUCUUGAAGAAGCUCUAGCUCGAUACAAAGGUUUUUUGUAUUUGAUCAAGCUGAAUCAGGAGAAAGGAAUGAACCUCUUUCGUGUGCCAACCUACGACGUGGAUCUAAUGUGGCACACCCACCAACUGAAUUCUGUUACCUACUACAGUGACAUGCUGAAUCUUCUUGGGAGAGUUCUGGAGCAUGAUGACACAGAUGAUGACCGAGCUGAAGGAAACAAGCUCGACACUGGAUUUUCAGGGACCACUGAGCAGUUCGAGAAUAACUUUGGUCUGAGAUACUGGAAGGUUGGCGCUAUGUACCGUGGAAGCCUGCCAUCUCCUGUGACAUCCGUUCCUCAGAUAUUUAAUAGUGAGGAUGAUAGUGUUUUUGGUGUCGAUAAAGCAGAGAAGCAUCUUACUAUUCUUGAAACAACAGUUGUGGAGUUAUAUUUACAGAUUGUGGACAUCAAGAAUUUACCAUCUGCAAUUCCAGAGAAAAGUGUGUACGUGUGGUUCACCAAGACUCAACCAGAUGUAUUUAUCAGUGAUGGCGGCAGGUUAGAUAUUUCAACGAAAACAGGGAAGAGUAUCGGAGCUGGUUUCCAAUGUGAACCGACUGGCGAACUCAUUCUUACAGCAAUGGUUGAUCAGGCCUAUUUUGGGGCCUCGUCAUCGAAGAAAUCAGAACCAUUGGGGAAGGUUUCGAUCUCUCUUCAAGAGCUUACACAGCCUGAUUCCAAGCUUUCCUUUGAGAGGUGGUUUGAACUGAAAAGUCGUGGUGCAUAUGCUGGUUCCCCUCCUGUCAGUCUUCGUGUUGCUGCAUCUUGUACUGUGCCAAGGCAGGCUCCACAGGUUCUUAGCAUGGUCAAUGUGAAGCCUUUCUCUCUGAAGGCCUGUCUAUUGCCACAUUACAUCAAGGAUCAAAAUAUGAGCUCCUGGACUCGCUUCGUGUAUGACUGUGGUACUGAACUCAUUCGUCUUCAGAUAAGGGAGCACAAGGCCAAGAGUGGCAUGGCUCUCAUUCGAGAAUUGGUUGGAGUAACAAAGUCAUCAAAGCAACCAUUUCAGCUUGCAGAAUUCACGAAAAACAAAUGGUCUUUUAACAACUCCAACUUAUCCAUCACUCAUGACCUGAAACCAAGCAAGGAUGGCUGCAUACAUGAGCUCAAAUACGGCAACAAACUGAUCAAACUAUACAGGGGAAGGAGACUAGCAUAUGAACUCAAAUGCUGCAGUCAGCAUGCUGAAGAUACUACAGCAGUUACUGCUGUGAAGUUCUCAGCUGAACACCCCUAUGGCAAAGCAGUGGCACUACUUGACACUGAAUCAGAAUUUAUCACGGUUGAUGAGGAUUGGUUUCUGCUUCCCUGGGUCGCAAUAUCAUUCUUGUUCCUGAAUUCCAUUGGCAAAGAUGGUGUGAAGCUCAUCGAAGGUGCCAUGGUACAUAAAGCUGGAACCGUUGAGCCUGGUGCUACAGUGACUUCUGAAAUGGCGAAAGGUGGAGCAGCAGGCGCCACUGCUGCGCAAUGUGGCCCUUGUGGCACGGCUGGUGGCAGUGACAUGGUCAUGGCAAGUGACGAGGCUGGUCAUGCUAGCUGUGACGGGUCAGUCACUUCAAGCGGCAAGGUGGCUGAUUCUAAGUGCGGUGGUUGUGGAUCAGACUCUGGUGGUGGAAGCGGUGUCUCUGUGGUCACCAUGAGCAACAAGAAAGGUCAUGCGAGCUGUGGUGUCGUUGCAGGUGGCGAGAAUGGCCAUAUUGAGUCUGCUGGGUGUGGAUCGGGAUGCAGCAGUUCCUGCGGUGGCAGCAUGGUUAUUGAAAGCUCCCAGGAGGGGAACACCAAGUCAGGUGGCUGCGGUUCAGGUUGUGGUGGUGGAGGCUGUGGCGGCAUGGUCAUGGAAAGCGCCAAGACUGGCUUCGUCAAGCCAGGCGUUUGUGGUUCGGGCUGUGGUGGUGGUUGUGGCAGCAUGGUCAUGGAAAGCUCCAAGACUGACUUCGCCAAGUCAGGCGGUUGCGGUUCAGGCUGUGGUGGUGGUUGUGGUUCGGGCUGUGGCGGUGGUUGCGGCAGCAUGGUCAUUUCACAGUAGUUAUUGCCUUCCAGUUCCAUGUCCUUUGACCUACUCAUAGAGCUGUGGCCUGUGCUUGUAAAUAAUAUUGAGGUUGGGUGUUGAUUGGUUCAGUUGGUGGCGUGGGAAGGCCUGGGUUGUUCCAGUCCGGUAACUGGGCAGUGCCUAUAAUAAUUCUAUAAAAGAAAAAAUUGACAUGUUUGUACAUGGUUUCUCUGCAGUUUUUAUUAUGAAGUACAGAUUUCAUGACU